AUCGAUCCCGCCCGGCACCGGAAGUGCGUCACGGCCACUUCCGGCGCGGCGGCUCCAAGAUGGCGGCGCUGGCUCUGAGGGGUUUGGGGCGGCGCUGCCUCCUGGCCCGGCUGGGGCCCGGCCCCGCCCUGCACCACGCGGUGCCGAUGGCCUCGACGGCGCGCGAGGAGAUGAGGAGGUUCUGGGAGAGGAACGAGCGCUCGGGGCGGCCCCUGUCCCCCCACGUCAGCAUCUACAAGUGGUCUCUGCCCAUGGCCAUGUCCAUCACCCACCGCGGCACCGGCGUCGCCCUCAGCCUCGGUGUGUCGGUGUUCUCUCUGGCCGCCCUGCUGCUGCCCGAGUCCUUCCCCCAUUACCUGGCGCAGGUGCGGGCGCUGAGCCUGGGCCCCGCCCUCGUCUGCUCGGCCAAGUUCCUGCUGGCCCUGCCCUUGUGCUACCACACCUGGAACGGCGUGCGCCACCUGGCCUGGGACCUGGGCAAGGGGCUGAGGCUGCCGCAGGUGACGCAGUCGGGGCUGCUGGUGCUGGCCCUGACCCUGCUGUCCUCGGCCGGCCUGGCCGCGCUGUGACAGCGACAGCGACAGCGACAGCGACAGCCCCGCCAUUCCCGGCAUUCCCGGAAUUCCUCCCCGCCCCGGGAAGGUGACACUGCCUCCCCCUCCCCAAAAUCCCGGGAUGAGCAGAGCUGCCCCUGCUCCCUGCCAGCAGCGCUGCGUGUCCCCCGCGGUGUCCCCCGCGGUGUCCCCACGUGUCCCCACGUGUCCCCGAGGCCGGGACAAUGCGGGAUCUGUGUCCCCACGAGUGGGCUUGGCAAUGGGGCCGGGAAUGGGGUGGGAUCACAGCGGGACAAGGAGCUCCAUUGAGGCAGCGCCCCAGGGGCGUGGGUGACAGGUGACACCGCGCUGCCACCCCGCUGCCACCCCUGGGGUGCUGGGCCCCGUGGGAAUUCCAUGAUUCAGCCCAUUUUGGGGGGAAAAUCCCAGUUUUGGAGCCUCCUUCCAGUGGGGAGGCAGUGCCCCACAGGGGUGAGUGACAGGUGACAUCUCGCUGCCACCCCACUGCCACCCUGCUGCCACCCCACUGCCACCCCUGGGGCCCUCAACCCGGUGGGAAUUCCAUUAUUCAGCACAUUUUGGGGGGAAAAUCCCAGUUUUGGAGCCUCCCUUUGCCAGUGGGGAGGCAGCGCCCCACAGGGGUGGGUGACAGGUGACAUCUCACUGCCGCCCCGCUGCCACCCUGCUGCCACCCCGCUGCCACCCCUGGGGUGCUCGGCCCCGUGGGAAU